AUGUCAGGAAGUUGCCUUUCUACCAUUGCAAAUGCAGUGAACUUCAACAAGAAUAUGAUAGCCGUCACUCUGUUAAUUGCCUCCUCCUCUCUUGUGUUCAUCCAGUGUUGUGGGAAAAUGAGGGCAUUAUUACGUUCGCUAGCUGGUACAGUUUUCAAGUAUCGGGAUCAAGCAAUGGCAGAAAAGCUCGAGGAAGAAGAUGACCUUGAACUUGAUUGUGUUGUAUGCCUGAACCGAGUCUCUCCGGGUGAAAAAUACAAGAUCCUUCCAACAUGCAAGCAUGGAUUUCAUGUUGAUUGUAUUGAUGCAUGGCUGCAGAGGCAUUCUACUUGUCCCCUUUGUAGGUGUCCAAUUCCUCGAACUACCAUCCAGUACUAUUCCAUUAGUACUCAAGAUCAGGAUUUUGACGCUUUGAUUUCUUAUCUUCUUCGUUUGCUGGAUCACAUUCGAACAUGGCUGAUGGACCCGCUCAACACUUUGAGCGAGGAGUGUCUUCAUUUCCCUUGA